AUGAUCUGGUUCGUGUCGCUGAUUUCAUUCCUUUUGAGUCUACAUUUGCUCUGCUUGUUGAUGGCUAUUUACUUGAAUAAGCUUUCUACAAUGCAAUCUCUUAGGGUGCCGUGUUCGGCAUCUGCUACAAAGGACUCUAACACUUUAGAGAAACUCACUCAAAGAAGUGGCAGCGCUUCUAUUACAGAUAAGGAUAAGACAUCCGUGGAAUCAGAUAAAAACAGCAUUCACGAAGCUAUAAGGCCUUCGGAUAAGGAAGAUCAGGGAUUGCUGAAGAAACGACCAGCAAAGAAGAUCUCAGGCGAACACGAAUCGUUUGUUUCUUCUUCUUCUCCUUCAAAGUCCUUCACGUUCAACUCUUCUGCAGCUACAACUGAUUCAUCAGCACUUUCCCAUAGCAAUCCACAGAGUUCUAUCAUAACUCCUUUCCUCAACAGUCACAUUUUAAAUGAUACCACAGACAUUCCUGACGAGGAACACCAUUACUGUUAUCGCCAUAAUCCAAAUAUUUGCUGCAACAAAGCUGCAGAUGAGAUCAAAAUGACACAGAUCCAAAAGAAGUUGGAAAAACUCCCUCGGGCAGAUAAGGAAGCAAUUUCUCAUGUUUGGUCGAUCUUCUCUGCCGCUCCUAAUCAGCAGAGGUCAUUGAUUUUGCAAGGCCUUCUCACAAUGUGUUGUUUUCCUCAACUUUCUUUGAUUUCCCAAGAGGUGUUCAAGCUUAUUCGCAUAGAUUUUAUCGAGACACUACCUAAUGAGUUGGCCUUGAAAGUUUUGUGCUACUUGGAUUGUCAAAGUUUGUGUAGUGCUGCCCAGGUAUCGGUGAAAUGGAAACAGAUGGCCGACGACGACCGUGUUUGGAGACACAUGUGCGAACAGCAUAUUGACAGAAAAUGCCCCCAGUGUGGAUGGGGCCUUCCUCUCAUGGCAGUGAAGAAAUUACGAGAGUCACCUUCUCUGAGAAAGCGCAAGCUUGAAGAGGCAGAGCAAAAUGAUGUCUUGAAUUCCCUGAAACAUUUACCUCCUCCUUUGGAGAAGUGUCGAGCCAUUACGGAAAAAUGCUGCCAGGUUAAACGUCAAAGACGUACCAGACCAUGGAAGGCCGUGUACUCUGAACGUUACAAAGUGGAACGUAACUGGCGAAAGGGAAUAUACGUUAUCAGAAAGUUUGAAGGACACAGCGACGGUGUGCUUUGUUGCCAGUACGAUAACAACAACCUCCUCAUGACCGGCUCUUAUGAUAAGACGGUUAAAAUCUGGAACGUUGAGACUGGAAAACUUUUGAGAACUCUUACUGGUCACACGCGUGGCGUGCGUACGCUAGCAUUCGACGACCAGAAAUUAAUCACAGGCGGUAUUGACGGAACCAUUAAGGUUUGGAACUACAGAACAGGUCAGUGUAUUUCGACCUACACGGGACAUAACGAAGGUGUUAUCAGUGUCGAUUUUUAUGAUAAGGUUAUCAUUUCUGGCUCUGCCGACUCAACAGUAAAGGUCUGGCACGUUGAUACAAGAACAUGCUAUACUCUCAGGGGACACACAGAUUGGGUUACAAGUGUGAAGAUGCAUCCAAAGAGCAAAACUCUAUUCACUGCUUCUGACGAUGCAACCGUGCGUCUUUGGGAUCUUCGGACAAAUAAGUGUCUUAAAGUGUACGGUGGUGUCGAAAAUAGUGGUCACAUUGGACAAAUUCAAUGUGUUAUUCCAUUUACAGUGAAGGAUAAAUUAAUAACGGAUGUUCAGGAACCCCCUGAAGUUGAUGGAGAAAAUGCGCAGGCUGGUACCGAGGCAGAAUCAGGCACUACUGACCAGACAAAGGAUGAUUUGCUCAACAUUCCAAACCUUCCUACACACAUGUUGACUGCAUCAUUGGAUAAUACUAUUAAGUUAUGGGAUGUUCAUACGGGUAAAUGUAUCCGGACCCAGUUUGGCCACAUUGAGGGUGUUUGGUCCAUCGCAGCCGAUACAUUCAGAAUUGUUAGUGGAGCCCACGACAGAUCUAUCAAGGUUUGGGAUCUACAGACCGGCCAGUGUAUGCAUACUUUUGGAGGCCAUGUGUCGCCAAUCAGCUGUGUGGCUCUCGGUGAUUCCCGCAUCGUGUGUGGUUUAGAAAACGGGGAGGUGAAGAUGUAUUGCUUUGACUGUUGA